CAAAAUUAUUCCUUGUUUUUUCGUGAAAAUUUGACAUGAAUCUCUUUUAAAAUCGACUUAAAACACAAAAUCCCCAAAAAUUCUUCGAAAAGCAAUGAAAAUUCCCCUCCACGCCAACCAAAAGUGAGCCAAAAGCGUCAAACAAUCAAACCCGAAGCCAUACAAAAGAUGGACCACGAAAUAGUGUCGCCUCGAAAGCGUUCAAAGCCGAAUAACGAGCCGCUUACGUGUCCGGUGUGCGGAAUUACUCUUCGACCGCAAGACAUGAACCAGCAUUACUUGAUGGAAAUGGACAAAUUACAAAAAUUGAGCACGGGACGAAGUCGCAAGAGCUUGAGUCAGUCACCACCUGCUGCUUCCAUCGGUUGCACGUCGUCGUCAAGUGCGUUCCGGAAUGUCAAUGGCGAGGGCAGUUCUUCUUCGAGUACCGCAACGACAACUACAAAUCAAGUCGAGGACUCUUGGGGAACAUAUCAAAAAAUCAAAAAUAAUCGACAAAAUCGGUUAAAGAUAAAGCCAAAAAAGCGAAAAGAUGAAAUAACUUGCCCCGUUUGCAAUCAACGAACAACGGAAGAUAUCAACAUUCACGUCGAAAAAUGUCUCCGAAAAUCAGAUCCCAACUCCGCGAGCAACAACGGACACAUUUCCAGCGACGAUGAAAGCACAAUCGACGUCGACGGCGAAUCCUACGAAGAAUACGAGUGGGCAGGACAAACGAGAAUCCGCGCUGCGGGUCUUUUACCCGGCGGAUACAGCGCCGCCGGCAUCGGAACUCGAAUCACACCCGCCAGCGAUGACGAAAACGAGCUAAAUGUCGACGGGGACGACAACGUUUACGGUCCGCCGCAAUUCUCCGAACGUGACGUCAUCGUGCCCAUCAGCAAAGACGAAUGCAAUUCCUAUUUGCGGGACUUGGUGAUCGGAAAUGAGCCGCCAAACUUGCGAAAUGACGCUGUCAAAGAAGGAAGUCACUCUCGGGCACCAACAGAACCACGAUCCACGAUGGAAGCACCCGAACCGCUGCCAAAAGACGAUUUUGACUCGAAUUCCGACACAAAUCACACAAUCGAGUCGCUAAAAUCGAAAAUUCGCGAAUAUGAGAGAUACGUGCAGAACAAGCCGAAAUGCCUCAUUUGCAUGGAUGACUUCAAGUUACCGGUCGUGUCGAUUUGCUGUUGGCACGUUUAUUGCCAGGAAUGCUGGUUGAACUCGCUCGGCUCGAAAAAGUUGUGUCCGCAGUGUAAUUCGAUUACGGGACCUGCGGAUUUGAGGAGAAUUUAUUUGUAAAAAAGUAUACGACAGAAAAAAAACACAAAAAACGCCUAAAAUUUACAAUUUUAAAAUUUUACAUGAAAAAUUUGAUGUAAAAAAACGUGAAUCAUGACAAUACUCUAGAUAUUUAAGGAAUUAGCAUUUAGAUUUUAAGUUCGUGGAAUUAUUUUGACAGUUGAAAAAAUGACAGAUGUCAAUUUUUUUUAAGAAAUUUAAAGUUUUAAGAUAAUUUUAUAAAUUUUUUAUUGCCAAGUUGAAGUUUUAUGAUUUUGAUCGAAAAUAAUUCAUCAAAA